AUGGAAGAGAUUAAUCCAAUAAGUACAAGAUUUUUUACUAGUGGUAGUAAUAUAUGGAACAAUGAUUAUGGAUCACUACCUUAUGAAGGUUAUAGCGUGAUGGAGAUGGCUUCUAUGAGAGUACUCACUCCGCCAUUGCGAGGAUGCGUGGUUUCAAUGGCGAUGGAUUGUCUCGACUGUCAAUAUUUACAAGCAGUGAUCGAAGAGGGUGAUCCAACAUAUGUUGCUAUGAUCCUCUCUGAGAUAAAGGGUUAUUUACACCAGCUCAUGAAACAUCAGUUUGGCAACUAUUUGAUUCAAAAGAUUUUUGAAGCAAAGAAAGGCAUCACUAAUAUCCAAAUAGAUUCUAUUGUUUACUUGAUUAUCUAUGAUACUCACAAGUUAAGAGACGUCUGCAAGAACAAUCACGGAACUCGAGUUAUGCAAAUAAUGCUAGAGAAUAUGAAAUGUCCAGUCACAAAAUAUGUGGUAUUGUAUAUGAUGAAGCCUAUCAUUGAUGAAUUGAUGAAAAAUAUUAAUGGUGGUUAUGUCAUUGUGCAAUGUGUGAAGGUUUUUCCACCCACACUCAAAAAGGUGAUCUUGGAUGAAUUAGCAAAUAUUGUGUUGAAAUUGCAACACACAAGAUUGGAUGUUCAGUUCUUCAAACUUGUAUUAAAGAUAGUGAGAUACUAG